CCGCCGUGAAUGACCGUCUAUACCCGGUAAAACCGGUCACCAUCUUUCUUCUUGAUCUCCUAGGUCACUGCCCUACUUCUGCAUUUCAAAUUCGCUUCUCUCCCUUUCCUUUUACCGAUCUCAACGAUUCAACUCCUUUCUUCAGUUCAAUUCCUAGGGUCUCUUUCUCUCUCUGUGGAUAGAUUGACAACUCCGGCAAAUUCGCGGUUACUUCCAGGCGAGAUCUCCGAUCCGUAUAGGAGAUGUCUCAAGUUGAGGCCUUGUGGGAGCGGUUGGUGCGUGCAGCACUACGUAGGGAAAGGACCGGUACUGAUGCAUAUGGCCGGCCAGAGAGUGGCAUUGCUGCAAAUGUCCCAUCAUCGCUUCCAAACAACAGGGACAUAGAUUCCAUUUUGAGAGCUGCGGAUGAGAUUCAAGAUGAAGACCCAAAUGUUUCCAGAAUCUUAUGUGAGCAUGCUUAUUCUUUGGCUCAAAAUUUAGAUCCUAAUAGCGAGGGAAGGGGCGUGUUACAGUUCAAGACUGGUUUGAUGUCUGUAAUCAAGCAAAAGCUUGCAAAGAGGGAAGGUGGAAGCAUUGACAGAAGUCUAGACAUUGCUCGCUUACAGGAGUUCUAUAAGAAGUAUAGAGAGAAGCAUAAUGUAGACGAGCUACGGGAAGAGGAAAUGAAGUUGAGGGAGUCGGGUGCUUUCAGUGGUGACCUUGGAGAGUUGGAACGUAAAACUGUGAAAAGGAAAAGGGUUUUUGCAACUCUGAAAGUAUUAGGGUCGGUACUUGAGCAGUUGACUGAGGAGGUUUCGCCUGAAGAGGCAGAAAAAUUAAUUCCUGAAGAGUUGAAACGCGUGAUGGAAUCAGAUGCAGCUAUGACACAGGAUCUAGUUGCCUAUAACAUUAUUCCACUGGAUGCUCCUACCAUAACAAAUGUGAUCAUUUCUUUUCCGGAGGUACGGGCGGCAGUGUCAGCCUUAAAGUACUUCAGGGGCCUACCAAAAUUGCCAGGGAAUUUUCCGAUACCUGCUACCAGGGAUGCAGAUAUGCUAGAUUUCCUGCAAUGUGUUUUUGGAUUUCAG